AUGCUGGAAGUUCACAUCCCGUCUGUGGGGCCCGAGGCCGAGGAGUCCGGACAGAGCCCAGAGAAAGGGCACAUGGUGUUCCGAGUGGAGGUGCUGUGCCGCGGGCGCAGACACACGGUGCUGAGGCGCUACAGCGAGUUCCACGCUCUGCACAAGCGGAUCAAGAAACUAUACAAAGUGCCCGACUUCCCCUCGAAACGUCUGCCCAACUGGAGGACCAGGGGCCUGGAACAGCGCCGACAGGGCUUGGAGGCCUACAUCCAGGGAGUCCUGUACCUGAACCAGGAUGUGCCCAAGGAGCUCCUGGAAUUCCUGAGACUGCGGCACUUCCCCGCGGACCCCAAGGCCAACAGCUGGGGCACCCUGGAGGAGUUCCUGCCCAGCAGCGGCAGCUCCCAGCUACAUCACCGGCCUGUCGUCAGCUUCUGCAUGGAUCCCUACAUUUGGACCCCCUCCCCAGAGCCUCUGCCCAGUGUGGUGGUGAAUGGCGUGCUCCAGGGCUUCUACGGCUUCAGCAUCAGCCCCAGCAAAGCCCAGCCAGUGGCUGCCUGUCACCCCGCUCCUCUGCCACCGGCACCCUGACCAGCCUAGAGGCCUUGAGGCCACCUGUCAGGACAGUUGCGUGCCUUGCUCCAAUGAGCUCCAUGUAAGGGACCAGGGCUGGGCCCUCCCAGGCCUUAACCACCCAGGGCCAACAGCUCAUCUGCACUGGUAGCUGGGGUGGUAGAACUCAGGUGCUCUUGGAACCCAAGGGCCAAGGCAGGAACACAGAGGAUAAGGGAUAAGCGAGGAGUCAACUUAGAAGUCAGCUAUGAAAAGGCAUAAAAGGUAUUUCUUAACCUAGACCAGAAGAAAAAAAAACAAAACCAAGAAGCAAACAGAAGUUGAGGCGCGGUAGCUGGCAAAGUUCAGAAGCAAGGAGCAAAAGCUCCCAUCUGACUUUC